ACACCCCAGUGGGAGGAGGUGAGCGGCUAUGAUGAGAACCUCAACACCAUCAGGACGUACCAGGUGUGCAACGUGUUUGAGCCGAGCCAGAACAACUGGCUUCUCACGACUUACAUCGACCGGCGGGCGGCGCAGCGCAUCUAUGUGGAGAUCCGCUUCACCGUCCGCGACUGCGCCUCCAUCCCCAGCGUCCUGGGCUCCUGCAAGGAGACCUUCAACCUGUACUACCUGGAGACUGAGAGGGCCGUGUCAGAGGGCAUCAAAGGGGUGGAGUACUGGGCCAAUGCCCCUUUCCUUAAGGUGGACACCAUCGCAGCAGAUGAGAGUUUCUCCCAGGUUGAUUUUGGGGGAAGACUAAUGAAGGUGAACACAGAAGUUAGGAGUUUCGGACCGUUGUCCAAAGGCAAAGGUUUCCACUUGGCCUUCCAGGACCUUGGAGCCUGCAUGUCCCUCCUGGCUGUCAGAGUGUUUUACAAGAAAUGUCCCAGCGUGGUUCAGAACUUCGCUUUUUUCCCAGAGACACUGACUGGAGCAGAGUCCACCUCAUUAGUCAUUGCUAGAGGAAGUUGUAUUCCCAACGCUGAGGAAGUCGACGUGCCCAUAAAGCUCUACUGUAAUGGAGAUGGGGAGUGGAUGGUGCCCAUCGGCAGCUGCAGCUGCAAGGCGGGGUUUGAACCGGACAAUGGCAACGUUUGCAGAGCAUGCCCUCAGGGCACCUUUAAGUCGUUCCAGGGGGCAGGAUUAUGUCAGCAAUGUCCACUCAACAGUCGCUCCACCAUCGAGGCUGCCACCCUCUGUGGAUGCCGCAACGGAUAUUACCGUGGAGACAUGGACAAAGCAGAGGACGUGUGCACAAGUGUUCCUUCGGCUCCUCGUAACGUGGUCUCAGUCGUCAACCAGACAUCAGUGAUGGUGGAGUGGCACCCACCGCGGGAUAUCGGGCACCGUGAAGACCUUUCGUAUAACGUCCUGUGCCGCCGAUGCCAUAGCAACGAGCGCCGAGCGUGUCAGCCGUGUGACGACAGCGUGGCAUUUAUUCCGGGCAAGCAAGGGUUAAAGGAAACGAUGGUGGAGAUCAGCAAGCUGCGGGCCCACACAUCAUACACCUUCGAAAUUCAGGCAGUCAACGGAGUAUCCAACAAAAGCCCUUAUCCCGCCCAACAACUGUCAAUCAACAUUACAACCAAUCAGGCGGCUCCCUCUGUAGUUCCCAUAAUGCACCAAGUGAGUUCAACUAGUCGCAGUUUCUCGUUGUCAUGGCCACCGCCCGAGCAGCCCAACGGAAUUAUCCUCGACUACGAGAUACUAUACUUUGACAAGUCCCUGUCCUCAUCGCUGAACAGUUCAAUGGUCCAGAGCAAGAUUCCCAAUGUGGUUCUGGAGGGUCUGAGGCCAGGGACCGGAUACGUGGUCCAGGUGAGGGCCCGCACUGUGGCUGGAUAUGGUGCCUACAGCAAGGAUAUGCUCUUCCAAACGCUCACCGACGGUAAGUGG